UUCCCGGGCGAGCAGACGAGGCAGCCGUUGAAGGACGCUACCUGGACCCUGGGCCCUGCGGGACUCCAGCCGCGCUACCGCGUCACGUUCGCGCUCGGCGCCGCGAGCCACGCAUAACGAUAUUUGGAUUUGAACUGCAUUUUGGGAUUUAUCUACACCAAAAAUGCCACCGGCAGUUGGAGGUCCAGUUGGAUACACCCCCCCAGAUGGAGGCUGGGGAUGGGCAGUGGUAGUUGGAGCUUUCAUUUCCAUCGGCUUCUCCUAUGCGUUUCCCAAAUCUAUUACUGUGUUCUUCAAAGAAAUUGAAGGUAUAUUCAAUGCCACCACCAGUGAAGUGUCAUGGAUAUCUUCCAUCAUGUUGGCUGUCAUGUACGGUGGAGGUCCUAUCAGCAGUAUCCUGGUGAAUAAAUAUGGCAGUCGUCCAAUCAUGAUUGUUGGCGGUUGCUUGUCAGGCUGUGGCUUGAUCGCAGCUUCCUUCUGUAACACUGUGCAGGAACUUUACUUGUGUGUCGGAGUCAUUGGAGGUCUUGGGCUUGCCUUCAACUUGAAUCCAGCUUUAACCAUGAUUGGCAAGUAUUUCUACAAGAGGCGACCGUUGGCAAAUGGACUGGCCAUGGCAGGCAGCCCUGUGUUCCUCUCUACCCUGGCCCCCCUCAAUCAGGCUUUCUUUGGCAUCUAUGGCUGGAGAGGAAGCUUCCUAAUUCUUGGGGGCUUACUAUUAAACUGCUGUGUGGCUGGAGCUCUGAUGAGACCAAUAGGGCCCAAGCCAACCACUGCAGGGAAAUAUAUGUCUAAAGAAUCCCUUCAGGAAGCAAAAAAGGGGGCAAGUGAUGCAAAUACAGAUCUCAUUGGAGGGAAUCCGAAAGAAGAGAAAAGAUCAAUCUUCCAAACACUUAAUAAAUUCCUGGACUUAUCCCUGUUCAAGCACAGAGGCUUUUUACUCUACCUGUCUGGAAAUGUGCUCAUGUUUUUUGGACUAUUUACACCUUUGGUCUUUCUUAGUAAUUAUGGCAAGAGUCAGCAUUACUCUAGUGAGAAGUCUGCCUUCCUUCUUUCCAUUCUGGCUUUUGUUGACAUGGUAGCCAGACCUUCUAUGGGACUUGUAGCCAACACAAAAUGGAUAAGACCUCGAGUUCAGUAUUUUUUUGCUGCUUCUAUUAUUGCAAAUGGAGUUUGCCAUCUGGCAGCACCUUUGUCCUCUAGCUAUAUAGGAUUCUGUGUCUAUGCGGGAUUCUUCGGAUUUGCAUUUGGGUGGCUCAGCUCAGUAUUGUUUGAAACGCUGAUGGACCUUUUUGGACCCCAGAGGUUCUCCAGUGCUGUGGGAUUGGUGACCAUUGUGGAAUGCUGUCCUGUCCUGCUGGGGCCACCACUUUUAGGUCGUCUCAAUGACAUAUAUGGAGACUACAAAUACACAUACUGGGCAUGUGGCAUAAUCCUUAUUGUCGCAGGCAUCUAUCUUUUCAUCGGCAUGGGCAUCAAUUACCAACUUCUUGCAAAAGAACAGAAAGCUGGGCAGCAGCAGAAAAAGGAAAGUAAAGAGGAGGAGACCAGUAUAGAUGUUGCUGAGAAGCCAAAAGAAGUUACCGAUGCAGCAGAAUCUCUGGAGCCUGAAGGCAUAGAAGGAGGCCCCAAAGAGGAGGAGAGUCCAGUUUGA